CAUGGGCGACGAGGAGGCGGGCGACAAGGAAAAGGAAAAUGGAGCGGGUGACAAGGACGAUGAUGACGACGACGAUGAUGCCGGAGGUGACGACGGAGCACCCAAGGGAAAGAGGCCACCGGACUCCAUCAUGGUGCAGCGAAAGUCCGCCAGAGGGAGCCAGAGCAGCGCGGGUUCCUCGGGUAAGACGGACAGCGACGCCAAGUCUACCGCCUCGAUGAUCAUCACCAUCGGAGGCUUGCUCAUAUUCGCCGCCGUCGUUCUGGGUGUCGUCGGCUUCAUCGUCUACAAGAUUACGCAGUCCGGGGAAAGCGACGUGAACGAGAGUACCAGCACUGGCGGAACAAGCAAGUAUAUCUCUGCAUGA